AUGGAAUUGAAGAGAGAUGCACAAGCAAAAGCUGAAGGAAAGCAGGAGAUUGCCAAGAAACCAACUGCUAAAGGUGUCACCUCACCCAAAGAAGUGGUUGAGGCCACAUCAAGACCUAUACCUCCACCACCAAAACAGUAUCCCAUUCCAAAGCGUGUGGACUCCGACGGCAACAACAAAUCAAAACGACUUGCUCUGGCCAACAUCGAUAAGCCGACACCGCCGGCAAGUAGGAGAUCGAAGAAGAAAAGAUCACUUAAUGGUCCUAAACAAGAUUCAUCGAGCUCUCAGGAUACUCCUCAAAGAAAGAAGUCUAUCACGCCAGAAUCAGCGAAAGUUACAGAGAAGACCUCGUCUGGUUCCUUAGCAGAUUCCGCACCAUCUGUACAAAGUCUGGCAACUAGUAGUAUAAGUUCAGUGUCGAGUAUUGGUGUCUCUGCAGACACUCCUCGUGCCAACAAGAAUAAACCCUGGAGAAACUUAAUAUCUCGCAGUGAACUAGAUGAAAACGAAGUUAACUAA